CUUGAAUGGACCACGGAGAGAAGCCCGUGGAGGAGCCUGAGCGUUCAUCAGUGGAAUCUGAGAAAUGGACUUUCAGGAGAAAGGACUGUCGGACGAGGCUGUGUCUGCCGCCUGCUCAGAGGGACACGCCCUUACUAAGGACUACAUGCUGCAGCAGACGAUGCUGAGGGUCAAAGAUCCGGCUCGCUCGCUGGACUUCUACACUCGAAUCCUGGGCAUGACGCUGCUGCAGAAGAUCGACUUCCCUUCAAUGCGCUUCACCUUCUACUACCUGGGUUACGAGGACAAGGUGGACAUCCCGGCAGAUGUCAAGGAGAGGACAGCGUGGACAUUCUCCCGCAGAGCCACCCUGGAGCUCACGCAUAACUGGGGCUCGGAGUCCGAUGCAGACCUGUCGUACCACAAUGGGAACAAUGAGCUGCGAGGAUUUGGUCACAUCGGCAUUGCUGUUCCUGAUGUUUACGCUGCCUGCAAGUUAUUUGAAGAGCAAGGAGUGAGGUUUGUCAAGAAACCAGACACAGGUAGAAUGAAGGGUCUGGCCUUCGUUCAGGACCCGGAUGGAUACUGGAUCGAGAUCUUAAGUCCAAACAACAUGUUCUCCCUCAUGUCGUCUUAGAGUCGCAUCACUGAAACAGAGGAGGACUGAACGUUAUGAACGUUAUGUCAUAUUAACAGUAAAGGAUAUAAUAAAGUAAUGUGGCACAUUUACACUUUAAAUGGAUUAAAGCACAGAUGGUCAAACCUGCUCACUGAAAUCAGAAUGAGUUUACUUUACUGUGUGCUAUUUUUGAUGUUUUUUCAUAAUUCCAGAUGUGCAGCACUUUGCUGAAGAGCUGUUUUUAAAUGUGCCAUAGAAUUAAACUCACUUGACUGACUGCUUUCUACUUCAAUUCCACUAUAUGUUGGGUGUAACUGUCAUAAUUUUUACUUCAUGACAUUUAUUUGAAAUUGUAUGUAGUAAGAGUGAUAUACAAAUAUUAAGCUGUGCUUUUUCAUGUCAGACAUCUGUAUGAGUGCACAGAGCUGCACGUGCAUGAACAUCCUGGUUACCGUAUUUAUUUCUGAUUAAAUAUGAUUUGGAUUUAUUUUC